AUGGAGAGGCCUUACAACACUUCGUCCAUGCUGGUGACCCAGCACUAUAACAUCCCACCCGAGGGCGUACUGCCUACCUUUUUCCUGGCCAGCCUCAGCUACAUGAUCAUCCUACUUUGCAACCUGCUUCUCCUCCUCACCAUUGUUCUGAACAAGAACCUGUGGAAGCCCAUGUACCUGUUCCUGCUCAACAUGCCCAUCAAUGACCUGCUGGGCUCGUCAGCCUUCUUCCUGCAUCUGCUCAAGGAGAUACUGAGCAACAACGGGUACAUGUGGUUCCCGGCGUGCGUAACUCAGGCCUUUUUCAUCCACAUCUAUGCAGCAGCUACCGUGCUCAUCCUCACCGCCAUGGCGUACGACCGAUACGUAGCCAUCUGCCUGCCGCUCCAGUACAACACGGUGAUGACGCACGGCCAUGUGGUGAGGAUCAUCACGGCCAUUUGGCUGUUGUGUUUGUUGAUGAUCAGCGUGCUCUUCGUCUUACUAUUGCGGCUUCCGCGCUGCCGUUCCACUAUUUACAACAUUUACUGUGACAACCCAUCCUUGCUAGCUUUGGUGUGCGCCAACACCACCGUCAACCAUGCGUACGGCCUGUUCAUCGUGGGCAUUACCCAGUUGAUGGCCAAUUCCGUCAUCGUUUUCUCCUACUUCCAAAUCCUGAUGGUGUCCUGCCGGACCCGACGAGCCGACACCAAGGCUAAGGUGAUGCAGACGUGCGCCACGCACCUCUUUGUCUUUCUGUUCCUGGAAUGUCUGGGGCUUUUCACCAUCAUCUCCUACAGGGUCAAGCAGUUCCCGCCCAGUUUACGUAAUUUCAUCGGGUCCUCCACCCUCAUUUUCCCACCUUGGCUCAAUCCAAUUGUCUACGGGAUCAAGACAAAAGAGAUCCGAAGCAUAAUAGUGCACUUUUUUAGGAGGAAAAUCAUCCAUUCUUGUGAUGGAAAGCUCUGA